CUUGCAAUCCUGACGUCGAUGCACUUCCGGCGUCGCCAUGGCGGCUAACGCUACCACUAACCCGUCGCAGCUGCUGCCUCUAGAGCUUGUGGACAAGUGUAUAGGAUCAAGAAUUCACAUUGUGAUGAAGAGUGAUAAGGAAAUUGUUGGCACGCUUCUAGGAUUUGAUGACUUUGUCAAUAUGGUACUGGAAGAUGUCACUGAGUUUGAAAUCACACCAGAAGGAAGAAGGAUCACUAAAUUAGACCAGAUUUUGCUAAAUGGAAAUAACAUAACAAUGCUGGUUCCUGGAGGAGAAGGACCUGAAGUAUGAAUGGAUUUCCUUGACUUACGCUAGAUUCUGUUUUGUCUUAUAAUGACAACAAAAUAUAAUUAUUUUUAAACCUUUCACUGUCUGGAUUCUGUGAAGCCAAGUUUCCCGUUAAAGGGGAAUGCUUUGAAGAGGCAUUGUAAAUGCCAUUUUUUAAGUUAAUCAUGUUUAUCUUGGGGAAAAAAGAACAUUGAAGACUAAAAUAAAGGUGGUUUUGGUUAAUUGUCAUUUUAUUUAUUAUACUCCAAUAGCCAUUGGAACAAAGCUCGUGAUUAUUUUGUCAGUUGCUCUCUUGUCAUUUUACAUCUGCUUCCUUAUUUACAUGACCACUUGGUUCUCAAAAACUGUUCCAAACAAAAUGGUGAACUUUGGAUUUUGAACAGGUGCAUUUAACCUGAAAUUAUUCAAUUUAGUUCAAACUGUGGUGCUUUGAAAUGAGGAUUUUUCCACUGCACUCAAGUUUCAGUAACUUCUCUUAAAAACAAACAAGCAAAAUAGACAGGUAAUCUGUGCACAUUGUAGAAAUGCAGACAAAUGAAAAGGGAAACAUCAUACUUUGCUUUCUGUCCUGUUAGACUUUCUCAGUACACAUUUUAUAUUUACAAAAACAUGUUGGCCCUGAUGAUGCUGUUUUGUGGCCUCCAGUGAAGAGUUUUUAAAAAUUUAAGUGGUAAAUGCCUUUCCAUGUCAUAUUUCAGCAACAUUAAUGUGUGCACAGUAUUUCUUUAAAUGGGUUUACCAUAAUUUAUUUAGCCUAUUCUUAUUAUUGGCCACAGUAGUCUAACUAAAUCUUUAUACAUUUUUAUUUUUCUUAGAAGAAAUUGAGAAGUGUAUAUUGUCAAAAGGUAUAUAUUGUCAUGUUGCUAACAAAAUGUUUGUCAGCAGUUUUUCAUACUUUAUAUACCACCAUUGGCUAUGUUCUCUCUUCUCUGUCAUUGUGAUAGACAAAACUUGGUAUGUUUAAAAUUUUCUUUACUAAUUUUAUAUUUUGUGGAUUAUGUCUAUGAGGCUUUUGCCAUUGAGAUGCUUGUUUCUUACUAAUUUGUAAGAAUUCUUAAUAGUUCCUCUUAGUCAUGUAUUUUGCAGGUAAAUUCCCCAGUUUGUAGUUUGCCUGUUAGGGGUACAUUUUUUGACAAAUAAAAAAAUAUUUUAUGUAGUCA